GAGCAGAAGAGGAAGAGGAAGAGGAGGAGGGGCAGACACUGGAGGAAAUGUUGCCUCUUCCAAUGAACAUUUUCUGCUCUUGCUGGCCCCAGCCUGCUGCAGCUCACCUCUGAACCUCAUGCAUGACACACGUUAAGUUUUAGGUUCUCCAGCUCAUUCGGCCCGAGCCUCAUCGAUGGCUCAGCAGACCCCAGACCAGAGGGAGGACGUCUAUGUCCACCAUGAGACACACUAGAGACUGAGGGACCUCCACAUAAAUACAUUGCGCUGUGAAAACGGUUACACUUGAACAUGGCUUUAACCGCGGCUAAAACAACUACAAGCUUUUUCUCCACAUCUGCCAAGACCACCACAAUCCCAUUCCUCUCGGUGGGCACGAGCGCCAGAGACAAUCUCACCUCCAGGACUACGUUAAUGACUGUUACCAUAACGACAAACGAGACCAGCUUCAAUGCCACCACGUUUCCGGAGGUGGUGAUCGAGGGCUCGGGAAUGGGAAUGGUUCUUGUUCCCUUCGGCAUCAUCACUGUUAUUGGCUUAGCAGUGGCAAUAUUGCUGUAUAUCCGGAAAAGAAAGCGGCUGGAGAAGCUGAGGCACCAGCUCAUGCCCAUGUACAACUUUGACCCGGCUGAAGAGCAAGAUGAUCUGCUGGAACAAGAGCUACUGGACCAUGGGCGGGAAGGCAGCCUCACAGGUCCCAACGCCAAGACUCUCACAACCUCCCAGGGGACCACGCAGAGGCCCAGUCGUCUGGUCUUCACAGAUGUAGCCAAAGCUCUCAACGCUUGACAGCUCUCUUCCAUUGGUUCGUCUCAGUGUUCAGGGCCCACUGCCGGCCCCCACUGAAAUACAGACUGUCGCUCAGGAGGGGAAACAGACGGAAGAACUGGACUGUUUUUACGGGAACAACUGGAGCUUUUGGGAAACAUUUUCAAUCAUGAUGACUUGUCACUGUGCGAAACGGCAAAGCGGUUUCCAGUGGAUUGGAAAGAGAGCAGAGGAUGUCGGGUGCAUGUGUGUUUGUAAGGCAGCGUAAAAGGGAAGCGUCACAUGUGAUCUUGCACUGUUUCCAUUUGGCACACAGACGCAGUGUGGUGCACUUUUCCUAAAUUCUUGUUGUGUCACUGUUGUUGAAAUGUUUGGUAGCUCGUCAGCAAAGUUCCUUGGAGCUUCGAAUUAUUCUUCCAUGUUUGAUGUGAGAGGAGUGUAUUUGUGCUAUUCUGAUUUCCGUGGUCUUACAUCUCUGACUAGCUCGAACGCUAGAUGUGUCACAAUCCCCCGAGUGAAGUGCCCCUCUCCAUUUAGUUUCGUCUUUAUUGAGCAAUGAAGGACUGAUUCUGUCUGAAUGCAUUAAAACUAUUUAAACCAAUCUGACAAAAUAGUGUUUUCGUUGCACAAAUCCGCAACAGAGGAGUCGGUAGGUGUGAUAUUUUAUUGGUAAGCGAUAAAGAAGCAGAAUAACAUAAAUCACAUGGUAAAGAGUCAUAACAAAAUAUAUAUCACAGGUUUGUGAGUUCAAUUAAAAAUGUGGAUGAGGACACAUCAAUAAUUUCACUACAAAAUUGGUGUUAAAAGUAAGGCAUACAAUAUGAUUACUCAAGUUACACUUCAACCUUUCAAUAGUUGAAAAUGGAGCAAGUACUGUAUUUAACGAUAUCACUAUCAGUAAGAUCACAUAAAAACAUUGUCCCCAUAUUGAGUGUAAAUAUCCAACGACAAAGUAAUAGAGCCAUAUUGAAGAAAAAAGAUCAGAGAUUUUGUGAAUAGUCAUAAUAUUACAAGAAUUAAGUUGUAAUCAAAUGAAAAAAUUGAAGAUGUUUCAAGAAAAAGAAAAAAGAGAGUUCCACUUCUUGAUCCAAAAUCUUUGUAACCAAUCUCAUUGUUUCUUCCUCAUUUUAACACAAGUGAAAGACUGAUCUUUAUUAUAUUCCUCUUUGAAGAAAGUCUAAAAUUAUGACUUUAUCCUUGUUAUAUUAUGACGUUUUUCUCCUAAUCUUAUCACUUGAUUCUCAGACAUUUUCCCUUUACGGGGCUCUUUUACUUUGUUGUAACAUCCAAACACAGCUUGUGUAAAAUAACAAACAUUGACUUGGCUGUAAUUCAAAUGAAGAGGCUGACUUCCAUUCACUUAUGGUGACAUGGACGUAGUGAGAUGAGAUGAGUGGACUACGACAGCACUAGUUUGAGAGUUAGUUCAAGAUUUCAUCCACGUCACCUGCAGCUCUGACGGAAACAUUUCCUCAGAGACGACCCAGGCGUGUUUGUUUUCAGAGGUAGUCCAGACGGCAAACACAAAAUAAAACGUAAAUGUCAAUGCAGUUGAACAAGAAAACUGUAACUGAAAUGAGUUCUUCCGGCAGCAACUUAGUAAACAAUGCUGAAAUACAUAAAAUUAUUGGGAUACAACAUAUCAUCAGUGAUAACAUAAGUGAGUUUUAGUGAAUUAACACUUAAUAUAUACAGUAAAUGAAGGGUGAUAUUCAAGUCACGUAAUAACUACUAAGUGAUAUGUUGUCCAUGCUGGGUAACGUCCUCCCAUGAUGACACUGGACUCAAUUUGAUGAAGUUGAAGUGCUUGCAUUUGUCUGACCAUCAAAGUCUCAAUACAUUUUUUUUUUUUUAAACAGAAGAGAGGCUGGUCAACCUCUUAAUCAAAAAACAAAACAUUUUGGUAAUCUAUGUAAAUAUCUCUCCAAUAUACCAGUAUUACUAUAUGACUAGUUGUUCAGUUGCUAAAUUAAGAAUAAAUGCUGAAUUGUUACUAUUCAUUACACAUUAAACGUACUACUCUUUGUAAUUAGUUCACCUUAAAGUGUGGGUUCUCGCUGAAGACUGUCUAUAAAGAUGGAUGACAGACUACUCGGCAAAAGUGAAGCCAAAGCAUCUCGAUCGCCCCCCUGGUGGCUGCUUGGAGUGUAGCAUUAACUCUCCUCCAUGUUACUCGAUGGGCUAUGGACCAAACUAAGAAGUCAAAGUUUACGUCAAGUAACCUUUUCUCAAAGAUGGUUGUAAUCAUUUGAGAUUGUUCUUAUCAAACAGAUGAUUGUUCAUUUGGUUUUGGCCUCAAAUAGAUGGCUUUAUUUUGGCUUCAUUUCUAGAUAGUGGGGGGAAGUGGAGAUGUGUCCUCUGUCUUUAUAGAAAGUAAAUGGUUCUCCCACGAACACAUUUCCCUUUUUAGGGCCAUCACAAGACAUCCAAAAAGCAAACUUGAAAAAGUAGAGCCGAGGCUACUUGUAUGUUUGGACCACACUGUGUUCUCAUAAUUUGGGUGAGCUGACCUUUAAAAGCAAGGCAAUAGCUUUUGAAAUAAAACC